AUGUUACUAGUUAGUUUGACCGCGCUGUUCGCGGUUCUAUUCGCUGCCGACGCGUUGCCCGCGCCCUCGAGCAACAAAGAUGGCGGCCAAAUUGGUGAAUUACCGGACAACUGGGAUCAGACGAAAGACGAUACCCAGUCCCUGUUCCUGAACAAAAGCGACAAAAAUGACCUUGAGCCGUAUCCCCUCGCUUUGAGUGAGGAAGGGAACGUAGACGCGUACGAGCAAAAUGUGGAGCAGCGUUUCGACACGCCCCAAACCAACGGCGAGCUGGAUAAUCUCAUCAUGAGACCCGAGCUCUACGGUGAGCCACCGGCCAUGGACGCCCUGUCUUCCGCAUACGAAUCCCGCCGCCGGAAGCGCGGCAGUGGCACCAAAGUUGGAGGCGCAGGCGCUGCGACCAAAGUGGCCACUAAAUCCGGAUCUGGGAAAAAGAACUUAAAACCAGAGGAGGCACUUUCGCCAGUCGAAUCCGUGUCUCAAGAUCACGAUGUGCAUCGUCUGAAGCGUGGGAGCGGAACAAAAGUGGGAGGAGCGGCCGCCUCAGCUAAGACGGCUACCAAGAAUUCGGGCGGUAAUAAGAAGAACUUUAGACCCCUGUCCGAACGUCGCAAGCGGGACUCUGGCCUGAGCGCCUCUGACGUUCGUGCUCUGCUAAACCUGUGGGAAGCGCAGGAGCGCAGGAAACAAGAAUGGAACGCCAACCAAUGGGCGGCCGAGCACGGCGGAUGGUACGGCCGUAUGAACGCGCUCGACGAAGAACAGCCGGAAGUGGAUGAGAACGGCGAUCUGUGGUACAACGAGCCAGUCGUGAUCGGCCCGCAAGACAGGGAGUUCCCCCGCCACUCCUACUUCUCCGAGCAGAACCGCAUGGCGCUGGCUCGCGGCAUACCCGACGUGUACCAGGUCGAUCCGAACGAACUCGCCCAGCGGUACGAGGAGGCCCGUCGCAAGAGGCAGUACGCGAACAAGAUGAAGCGUUUCAUGGUAGCCAGGAAGCGUUCAGAUGGCAUGCUGCAUCAGAACAACUACCGGCCACGCGAUGACCUUUACACUUUGGCCGAACUGCUCCGUUCGGCGCCUAGAGUUCAAGAGCAAGACAUCCCCGUGUACCGACGACUGAUCCUC